GUGUGCAUAGUUGAGCUAGAGCCUUGAAAUCGUGCGGAUUUUAUCUUCAACCUCCUGCUUUCCAAAACUUUUAUUAGGACCCGAUCGUGUUAGCUCAUGACCGCAGUACGGCGACUCCAGGUCUAAGAAUCUAACCCCAAGGGACUUGAGGAAACCGAAAUCGUAACCAACAAGAUGGGCUUCCUCUACAACUGUCAUCGUUGGUUGUUGUGCUUGCCAGUGGCAUACGUGGUAUUCAUCCUCUGUCUCGGAAUACCGUACAUCCAAAGAGGCGCAAUAUACCUCCAUUGGGUUCGUAUACCGGUCCAGGCAAAUUUCGAUGCUCCUGAAUUUUAUGGCAUCCCACCUGGCCAGGUUCGCAACUUUCAGCUUACGACACCUGAUGGGGCUAAGAUCGGCGUCUGGCAUGCGCUGCCUGAGGCUGUCUACGUACGGCAUUUCCAGCAAUCCGAGAACUAUUCCGGCUCGUUGCUUCAGUCUGACACCGAAGCAAUCCCAUUGUCGGUUUUCGAAAACGCCUUAAGAACCCAUAAAUCAGUUCUUUACUCGCAUGGCAACGCUGCCUCGCGUGCCCAAAGUUCUCGGGCCUCCAUAUUGCGUGCCUUUUCGGCAACAACUUACGGUGCUUGCGAUGAAGGACUCAAUUUUGUGAUCUACGAUUAUCGUGGUUUUGCCGAUUCAUCGCCUUCAAGUCUUUUCCCUCCAUCUGAAGAAGGUCUAAUCAAGGAUGCGCGUACCGUCUGGGAUUACAUGGUGGGGUCUGGGGCGAAUCCUAGAAACAUCAGCAUCAUCGGUCAGAGUCUCGGUACUGGCGUCUCUGCCGCACUAGCCCAUCGUCUAAUUACCGAGGAGAACGUUACACCGAACUCGCUAUGUUUAAUCGCACCGUUUACAAGCAUCCCGGAACUAUUGAAGACUUACUCUUUAUUCAAGUUCAUCCCAAUUUUACAGCCACUCUCCGUUUUCCCGAAAGCACAAUCUUGGCUCUUGGAUACGUUUCUAACUACUCACUUCAAUACAAAGGCCAUAAUCCCAUCAAUAACUACAAAUAUCAUGUUGAUCCACGCACAAGACGACAUAGAUGUCCAUCCAUCCCACUCAAAAUCCUUGUUUGAAUACAUUCAUGAGCAUCACUCCACCAACGUGACCAUAGAAAAUAGAGCAGAUCUCCCAAUUCUUCUUCCCUCGCCCCACAAACAAUCGCAUCUUUCUCCGACGCCGAUCCCCCCAUCAUCUGAUGAUCGUUUCAAGCCUGUGGUUACAACUCAUAAAGUAUCUAGUUUUGGAAAACUUCACCAGUUUAAGCGAAUCCGUAGUGGCAGUCAGGUUAUUUUUCUUGACGCUCAGCGCGGUGGUCACAAUUGGGUGGGGUAUUCGGGAACCUCCAUUCGGGCCAUGACUGAGAUGAUUUGUAAACCCUCAUCUUAGAUUAAAGUAGUACAACUGAUCUACCGCGUCAGUUGGGCAUGUAAAGAAGUGUUAUGUAUUUUUGUCUUGUUCCCUUGCAAUAAUAAAUUGCUAGAUUAUAUUUGCUAGUUGUGUAUCUGAAUGCGGAUGUACCUGAAUACAGCAAACAACCCGACUCUUUUC